AAGAGGACAGCUGCCAGUUGCCAGAUGAGCAGAAGAAAAGUAGGUGGAUUAAGAGGCCUGUGGUCCAAGUGUGGCUGGCCCACCCAUGGGGAGCUCUCCAAUCUCAUAGCUCUUCCCUGAAGACGACACCUGUGGGAGUGUCCACCUUGCUGAGCUGUCCCAGGUCCCAUUAGUCCACAUGGCUGCUGGAAAGGGGGUCCUGCAAACCCGGGGCUGCAAGCCAGUGCUGCUGGAGCAAACAGAGCACCUGGGCUCCAAGGCUGCCCUCAGUGGUGGUGGCCAGGAGGAGGCCGGCGCAGAGCUGGCACGAUCAACACCCCCAGGCGAGCUGAGACUGGGAAAAGCACUGGCCCGGACGGUGCGCUGGGAACAAGAGCAGAGCGCCUUCAUGGAGAUGCCUCAUCUCAAGAAAAGGCUACAGGGCAUGUGGGCCAAGGAGAGGGAGCAUGAUGGCUCCACAGGCCAGCCUGGCCCUCGGCAGCUGACGCAGGGCAUCCCUAGGGACCCAGCUGGCAGCGCAGUCUUCUCCGCGUGGCCUAGCAGUGCCGGAAGGGAGCAAAGAAGUGCCUUCAGCAAACCAGCCAGGUGCCCAUCAGGGAGACCUGGGCCGGCCUCUCUCUUCCAGGCAGGCAGACCUGCAGAUGCCCUGGGGGAGCUGGUGGGACCCAUGCAAAUAAUAGACAUCCCUUGCUGGCCUAGACGUUCCAAUUCCAAGGUUUCGGUGAGUGAUUUCUGGAACCUGCAGAUGCUGCCACAAAAUGCUGCUCUCGGCAAUGCUUCCGCAGGUGCCCCCACGCUGUGGCUAAAGCAUGCCAUGGCCCAGAUACCCACAGCCUCCGCUUCCUCCUCGGUCUCCUGGGCCCUCCUACCAUCCGCGUUCAUGUCUCUGGGCUUGGCCACCCAGAACUGGUGCGCAAAGUGCAACCUCUCCUUUCGCCUGACCUCUGACCUGGUUUUUCAUAUGCGGUCCCACCACAGAAAGGAACAUGCGGGGCCUGACCUGCAUUCUAAGAAGCUGAGAGAAGAAGCACUCAUGUGCCCCAUCUGCCGUGAGUACUUCCGGGAGCGCCACCAUCUCUCCCGGCACAUGACUUCUCACCGCUGA